GUUACUAGAACGGAUUGCGGGAAAGUCCUGAACCCAGUCGUAUUUAGAAACCCUCAAAUUCAAAAAAUCACAAAAACAGAGACCAAAUAGAAUACCCUCAAAUUGAAUAUCCUACAAAUUGAGUUCUUUUUUCUAGGGUUUCAUGACCUAAACAAAAUAACUAGGUUUUUUCAAUUGAUCAUCAUCAUCUUCUUGAUCGUGUUCAAUUGAUUCUUCUCGUUAAACCGUUAUUGUCUUCUUCUCGAUCGGGAUCGUCUUGAUAAUGGAUUCUCCAUUAAUGGAGGUAUAUAUGCUAGGUAUUGGAAAACCUAAUUCAGCGAAUUCCGAAGAGAAAAAAGAUUGGGAUAACAGCAGCAGGCCGGUGUUUGGGAAUGAUCCUCCUCCUCCUCACCAGGGAAUGAGGAAUUGGGGUGGGAUGCCACGGCUGAUUGGAUUCAAUUCUCCCAAUACUAAUCAAAGCAGAUGGCGUGAGGAGGAUCCUGGAAUCUGUAAUAUGCGCAUGUAUGUUCGAAGCCAGAUUGUACAAUUUUUAUUAAGCCGUAUGAGAAAUAAAUUUAAUCAAACCCAGGUAGUGUUUCGAAAUUUGUGCAACCAGGUGGAAGCUAAGCUGUUCGAGGAAGCUUCAAUUAAGGCGGAGUAUGUAAAUGGUGCAACGUUAAAGAAUCGGAUUAUAGUUGCUGUCAGCGGUAUAAAAUCUCAAACUAGCAGCAGAAACCCUGGAGUGUCUAGUAAUCAAGUGAUUCAGGGGGAGAAAAGAAGAAGAAGCAUGGAGAUUAUUAGUAAUCAGACAAAGACGACGACGCUCCAAAAUUACUGGUGCCAGCAGCAAAAUUAUCUUCUUGAUAAGCAGCACUUCCCAGUUCAAGAAGUUGUUGUGUCUCCUAAUAAUAAUAUGUCUGGUCUCCUAGUUGAUGAUAGGCUUGAAGGCUCAGUGAGAACGUCUACUAACAGCUCUCAGAAUUGUGAUGAAUUUGUUAAUCCUCAGUUUCAGAACUAUCAACACAACAUUCAAAGUCCGGCGAUGUCAAAGUUUAAUUGUAAUGGUGGUGAUGCUGUAAGCUGCAGGAACUAUGUUGAUGGGUUGGCAAAAUCUUCCAUGAAUGGCGUUGGAUUAUUUUGGUGUCAGCACCAAGAGCUUGAGCAUAAUAGGAUUGUGCAGAGUAAUUUCGAGGCGCACCAAGUUACAGCGCAGCAUAAUGCUUGGAAGGCUAAUGCUCCUUUUACAUUCGACGCUGGUACUUAUGCAAUGCCAAGGGAAGCCACUUGCCAAACUACUGAUGGAGGUAUCUCACCAGCACCGGAGUUUUCUUUUAAAAGACGGAAGAUUGAUAACCUUCCUUUGUCGAUAAAUAGAACUGAUCACGCAUUGGGGGAGAUGCAUCCACGUCGUAUAGAUAUGUUUUCUGGGUAUGUAGUCACACCAGAAUGGAAAGCAUUUCCUAUACAUGAUUCACCCCAGGGAAGUUUACAGAAGCACCAGCAAUGGAUGUCUUAUGAACCUUCCAUUACAAAAGUGGAUAUGAAUAAACUUUUUGAUUCUGCAUUAUCAAGGGAGCAUGUACAUAGCAAUAAACAAGAGCCUAUGCUGUGCAACAUACUCUACGAAGGCCAGGCAGAAGAAGAAAAAUCAUUGCAUUCUCAAAAAGAUCAUUUUGCAGGAGAGGAUUUCUGGUCCAAAGAUCUAUGUCCUAAAUAUGUAAUUAAGGAGCCUGAUAGACACAUCGAGACCCACAUUGUCCAGGCUGAGAUAACUGAGGUUGAUAAAAGUUUAGGAUCAGAUCAAUCGAAGAUAAGGGGGGCUUCCUUGACUGAAACCUUUACUCCAGAUCAAUUGGAAGUGCACCUUGCAAGACUCAGGGAGUGGAUUGGUGAGACUAAGACAAAGAUAGAUGAGAAAUUAGCAAUGGGAGAGUAUAAGAAUGACAAUGCAUGUCAGUUGUGUGCAAUAGAGAAACUAUUUUUUGCGGUGGGCUGCUUCUUGUGUGGCAAAGUUUUCAAGAAGAUGGACACAUAUCACAGUGCACUAAAAUUUGGUAUGGAGUGCCGAGUCUGUAAUAGAUGUUUUAAGAAAAAUGAAGGUGAAAAACUCAGUGUUCCUGGUCUUCAUAUUAAUCAGGGAAAACUAAGUCUGGAUACUGAUCGCUGGUAUCAAGAAACAUUUGUACAGUGUGAUAGAUGCAACGGUUGGCAACACCAAACAUGUGCUUUGUUCAAUAAUGAAAUGAACAUUGGUGAGAAAGCUGAAUACAUUUGCCCAAAAUGUUCUAUUAAAGAGAUUAAAAAUGGGCUUCGUGUACCCUUGGAUCAGAGUGUCAUUCCUGGUGCAACAGAUUUACCAACAACAGAGCUUAGUGAUUUCAUAGAAGACAGGCUAUUUUCAUGUUUGAAGAAAGAACGAGAUGCUAGAGCGGAGAGCGUGGGAAAAAAUUCUGAUGAGGUCCUGGGAGCAGAAGAUCUCGUCGUAAGAGUUGUUUUGUCUGUUGAGAAGAAAUUACUAGUGAAGCAAGAGUUUCUCGAUGUCUUUAAAGAAGAGAAUUAUCCGAAAGAACUCCCAUACAGAUCAAAGUUCAUUUUGUUGUUUCAGAAGAUUGACGGAGUGGAUGUCUGCCUGUUUGGAAUGUAUGUCCAGGAGUAUGGUUCCAAAUGUGCUCAUCCUAAUCAGCGCAGUAUAUAUAUCUCAUAUUUGGAUUCUGUCAAAUACUUCAGACCUGAUGGUAUCAAAACUGCCACUGGAGAAUCUCUUCGUACAUUAGUGUAUCAACAAAUAUUGGUGGGAUAUCUAGAUUAUUGCAGGAAAAGGGGGUUCUCUAGGUGCUAUAUAUGGUCUUGCCCCCCAGCAAAAGCAGAUAAUUACAUAUUCAGUUGUCAUCCAGAAAUACAGAAGAGCCCCAAGCUUGGAACUCUGCGAGACUGGUACGGAGAAAUGCUUAGGAAAGCAGCGAAAGAAAACAUUGUGGCGAGUGUUACUAACUUAUAUGAUUAUUUCUUUGCACCUCAUGGGGAACAAAAGGUAACCGCAGCUCGUUUGCCAUACUUUGAUGGUGACUAUUGGCCACUUAUCGCCGAGGAUUUGCUCAAGAAACGCGUAAAAGAUAAACCAACACCAAUAAGGAAGGCAAGGAAGCAAAAACCUUCCUUUGAAGCUGUUGAAUGUACUGAUACUUCUGGAGAUUCUCCCAUGGGAUAUCAACUGAUGCAAGAUCUUGGUAAAGAAAUACGAAAAAAGAAGGAAAAUUUUAUCGUUGUGGACUUGGAAACACAGCAUAUGGCUGAGGGGGAUACUGAUCAGGAUGAAGAUAAAGUUAUUGAGGGGCAUAUUUUUGAUGGUAGGUAUAAUUUCCUAGAUUUCUGCAUGCAAAACCAUUAUCAGUUCGAUAAUCUUCAAAGAGCAAAGCAUUCCUCCAUGAUGAUACUCUACUAUCUACACAAUCCAAGUGCCUAUAUACAGAAGAGGACGUGCCCAAAUGGGGUUAAUCCACAGAUCAUACAACAAGAGAUCCGCCCUCAAGGGAAGGGUAAGGGUAGCAAAAGUCGCCUUUUCAACCAUAUGAAGUUGUAGACAUUCCUCAUGGCCCUCAUCAAUGUACUGACUUGUAUCUUUUUUUAUCUCCUAAAGUUAUGUAAUCGGCCUUGCAGUGUAUCCACCAUCAUUUCUAAACCUUGUGCUCUCAAUUGUCAAUAAGCCAUAAC